AUGUCAGCAGAAAGCAUCGCACGAUGGAAUGCUAUUCCACUCACACGCCCGGACACGGAAAAUGAUGUCCACACCUCGUUGAAGCGUGCAAGGCCAGACAAUAAUACAGAGGACAAUGAUGACGACAGCGAGGACGAUGUCUCUCUGGUCUCCCGCUCACCCUCUCCGAUCCCUCCAGAUGCCAUGGACGUGGACAAGUACGACGAGUACGUCAGGCGCACGGUCGAGCACGAAGUUAUCACAGUAAAUACGAAGAUCAAGAACAGCAACAGGGGCUUCUUGAUGCUUGCAAACAUGGGAUGGGCUGAAGGACAAUCAAUUGGAUUGUCUGGCGACGGCCGUGUUGACCCUGUACCAUUUUACGUGAAGAACGAUCUCACAGGUUUGGGUAAAGCCAACCAAGAUGUACGCAUGAUCGAGUCCACUGUUGCUCAACGUAGAGAACUCGAUUCUGAACGUCAAACCAAAGAAACGGAAGAACAGAAGAAGGCAAGAGAGGAUACAGUUGCGAAGCGUGCGGCCGUCCAGUCACAGAUCUCCACCACUCUCCGUGCCUUCCACUGUGAAUUGUGCGACAAACAGUUCCAGAACGUAGCACAAUACGAUGAACACACGAACUCGUACGCGCACCAUCAUAAGGCCCGAUUCAGAGACAUGCAGGCUACUCAGCGCGCCAACAAGAACACGAAGGAAGAGGUGGACAAGAGGAAGGAGAAGGAGAAAAAGAGAGAAGAGAAGGAGUUGCGCAAAAUUGCCAAGGCCGCUGGAGUGAAGAUGACAAAACCACCGGUCUCUCUAGUCCUCCCAGUCGCCAGACCGAUGGCAGCUGAGGAAGAAGAACCGAGUGAGUCCAAGAAGACUGGAUGGGCUUCUAUAGCUUCGUCCUCCCAGCCAGCAGAUACUCCCGCCCUCACUGCUUCAUCUGGUUUCACAAAGUCAGGAUGGGCUGCGGUCGACCCCUCUGUUUUCACCGGACGAGGUGCAGCCGUAACACCUCAAGAGAGUCAAACGAUCUCCGGUGUCACGUAUCCUGUGACUUCUACCUCGUCGCCAAUGCCAACCCAGCGUCCAUCCACCGGCCAUACGCCGACGUUCCUAACAGGUGGCUGGACGUCUCUCGACACUGGUAGCUCAAUGACGGUACCGCCUCCUCCCCAGGGCCAUUACCUGCCGCCUCCUCCGCCGCGUACAAUUUCUCCACCUCUGCCUCCUACUCCAAACCAACAACCGCCGCCGCCGACGGCAGGUCCCCCACCUUCGCUCCCGCCUCCUGCAUAUCCACCCUUGUCCGCUCCGCCAAGACGAGGCUGGGCAUCUGCGUCGGCCCCUCCCUCUUCGGAUCAACCUUCCCGCGCAGGAUGGCAGAAGGUCUCAACGAGCGGUGCAGUUGGUCCUCCACCGUUGCUUAAUGUGGCUUCCCGGCCGCUUCCUCCUGAGGUUUCACGUCCUCCUGCGCCGACGCGCCAAGAAACGUCGCGUUCUGGUUGGCAGCAAUUUCGCGCAGGGGCUCCCGGGCGACGGAAAUGA